CCUCGAGGAAACAUUCUCGUAUCCAGUUGGCAAAACGGCGCACCUAGUGCCUCUCUAGUCAGGCGCACGUUAGCCGUCGCCGGCCGACGACGAAAUCCACUGAAAAAAGAAAGGAAAAAAAAAGAAGGAAGCUAAAAAAAAAAAACCCUAGUCAUUUACGCCCUUGUAGAUUCAUCAGCAGCAGCGAAAUUGCUUUGUUCGAUGGAAGCGAGGAAGAUCCUUUAUGCUCGCCACCACCAUCUCCAUCGACAACUUGCUCGAAUCAAGACCCCAUUCCGUUCCCCCACAAACCCUAACCCUAGAUUUACCCUCUCCUAACUCCCCAGCAAACCCUAACCCUAGCAUCUAACUCACCCGCGAUGAAGGAACUAGAGCUCUGCCUUCGCGGCGAUUCGCUGCCAUUCGUCGGUGGAGGGCUAUUUAUUGAUCCCACAGUGUCAAAUUCCCUGAUCUCGUCGGUGUCGUUGUUGAACUCGAACUCGUCGGGCUCGGCGGUGUCUUUUCCGAAACUGAGCUGUGCUUAUAAGAAGAGAUCGGGGGUUCAGAGAGGUGGGAGGUUCUUGACGGUGAGCUUGUCGGUGAAGGAAUCGGAGUCGGAGGGUUUUCUUGAGAAGAACGGGGAGUCGAAAGAGCUCGAGGUUGUCGUGGAGGAGGAUGAGAAGGAGAGGAGGAGGAGGAAGGAGGUGUCUAGGGUUCGGGGGGCCGGUGCGGGCGCGAUGAACACUACGAAACAUCUUUGGGCUGGAGCUGUGGCUGCAAUGGUCUCCAGAACUUUUGUUGCUCCUCUUGAGAGAUUAAAGUUGGAAUACAUAGUGCGUGGUGAACAACUGAAUCUCUUUGAGCUCAUCAAGAAAAUUGCUACAACACAAGGCGUAAGAGGCUUUUGGAAGGGGAAUUUUGUCAACAUUCUUCGCACUGCUCCCUUUAAAGCAAUAAACUUUUAUGCUUAUGAUACAUAUCGAAAGCAGCUCCUUAAAUUGUCUGGUAAUGAUGAAACAACAAACUUCGAACGGUUUGUUGCAGGUGCUGCUGCUGGCAUUACUGCUACUAUACUCUGUAUACCUAUGGACACGAUAAGGACGAAGAUGGUAGCGCCAGGAGGUGAAGCCUUAGGUGGUGUAAUUGGUGCUUUCCAUCACAUGGUGCAGACAGAAGGAUUUUUUUCUCUUUACAAGGGAUUACUGCCCUCCAUCAUUAGCAUGGCGCCCUCAGGUGCUGUAUUUUACGGAGUUUAUGAUAUAUUAAAGGCGGCUUAUCUACAUUCACCAGCGGGAAGGAAGAGGAUUUCUGAAAUGAACCAGCAGGAUCACGAGUUGAAUGCCUUUGAUCAGCUGGAGUUGGGUCCCAUGAGGACCUUGUUGUAUGGAGCAAUCGCUGGUGCUUGUGCGGAGGCUGCCACAUAUCCAUUUGAAGUAAUUAGGAGGCAGUUGCAGAUGCAAGUUCAAGCAACAAAAAUGAGUGCGUUUGCAACUUGUAUGAAGAUAGUCGAACAAGGUGGUGUCCCUGCACUUUAUGCCGGUUUGAUUCCCAGCCUAUUGCAGGUUUUACCCUCUGCUGCAAUCAGCUAUUUUGUAUACGAGUGUAUGAAGAUUAUCCUGGAAGUAGAAUGAGCACAUAUAAACCAACCAUUUUGCCUUUCUCCCACAAAGUUGCUGAAGGGCUUGGAACAGGCUGCACUCGGGCUUCUCUAACAAACACAAAUUUUAUGUCAGUGGACAAUUAUCAUUUUUCAACGGAUUGAUACCGUAUCCUUCUCUUUUUCUGUUAAUCUCAAUCUACAGCAGCUCUUGGUCUUAAAAUAAUGAAAUUCCCUUUGCUUCAGUGUUGCUUGAUA